AUGAGGGGGUUGAUCGCCGCGUUGCUUCUGUGGGCCGCGUGGCUGGAGGGCCUGAACGCUCAGUGCCCGGAGCCCGAGCUACUGAAAGACGCGAACAACACGAAGCUGUGCGCCCGCUUGUUCGAGUCCAGCCACUAUUACAACGAACAGAGUUGCGGGGGGAGGUCUCUGGACGUCUACCCGGGCGACGACGCCCCCGAACUCAAGUUCGUCUGGAACAACCGCAUCUCCUCCCUGGUGGUGUCCCGGCAGUGCAGCCUCACCGUGUGGUCGCGCACCAAGAAGCAGGGCAAGAAGAAGAAGUUUAGCACGGGCAUCCAGUACCGCCUGAAAGACGUCGACCAGGGUCUGUUCGGAGACUGGGACAACGACAUCUCUGGCUACUUCUGCGAGUGCUAG